UGGGCAAGUAUCCUAACUUUUGCCGAUUAAAAAGAAGAAGGUAACUUGAGAAAAUUAAAGUUGAGCAGUUGAGUUAUCAAACAAUGAAAAAAGACAAAAGAGAGCCAAGCAAUAUUUUGUCUGUAUCAUAGCCAAACACUUUACAAGAUUAUAUCUUGAUCUUAUUGGGAUUAGGUCAUUUAGGUUCCAAUUAAACAAAGACUGGGUAGUUUGGCGGAUGCAAUCGGAGCUGGCUACUGCCUCCCCCAGAUUCAUUCCAUCCAGGCAACAUGCUUAAUUUCUACAGGCCAAGGAAUUUUAUUAGAAGCACUAACUAGAGGUGAACCCGCCCGAAACCGAAAUUUAUCAGUGGCAGAGAGAGCAGCGGCGAUCGAUCUCUUGGUGCUUGACUCCUGAUCAUCAUGAGUCUUUUCUCUACCAUGAAAUCCCAAGAAGCGUCUUCUUCGAAUUCUCGACAUCCGUAUGAUGUGUUCCAAGAAGCCUCUUCGUCGAAUUUUCGAUACCCGUAUGAUGUGUUCUUGAGCUUCAGAGGCGAAGACACUCGCAAGGCUUUCACUGGCCACCUUUACACAGCUUUGGAAAGUGCUGGAUUUCGCACCUUCAGAGAUGAUGAUGAAAUAGAAAAAGGAGAAGAUAUCAAGUUUGAACUGGAGAAAGCAAUCGAAGAGUCAAGGAUGUCAAUAAUUGUCUUCUCAAAGAGCUAUGCAUCAUCGACCUGGUGUCUUGACGAGCUAGUGAUGAUCCUCAUGAAGCGCAGGACUUCCCGACAUGAAGUACUACCUGUCUUCUAUCAUGUGGAUCCAGGUGAUGUGAGGAAGCAAAAUGGUAGCUUUAAAGACGCAUUUACAAGGCAUGAAACAGGAGAACGAAAAGAGGAAUUGAAAGACAAAGUUGGAACAUGGAGGCAUGCACUUACUGAAGUUGCAGGUCUGGCUGGGAUGGACUUGAAACAAGGAGACGAGGCAAGGUUUAUCCAAGAUAUUAUAACUGCGGUUGAAGACAAAUUAAGUCGCACAAUGACGUUGGACAUUGGCCCCCACUUGGUUGGAAUAGAUCCGCGAGUUGAAAACAUUCGGCUUUGGUUAGAAGAUGGGCCAACUAAUUUUGGCAUAGUUACAAUUUGUGGAAUGGGUGGGAUAGGCAAGACAACCAUUGCAAGGUAUCUGUAUAAUUUGAACUUCUCAAGAUUCGAAGGUAGCUGUUUUCUUGAAGAUGUAAGAGAAGUUUCACAAACACGAGAUGGUUUACUUCGUUUACAAAGACAACUUCUUUCAACUAUUUUGAAGAAAAGAAAAGUAAGAAUAAAUAGUAUUGCUGAAGGAACUGCUAAGAUUAAAAAUGCCAUAUCUUGCAAAAAAGUUUUUGUAGUUCUUGAUGAUGUGGACAAACUUGAUCAAUUCGAUGCAAUUAUUGGAAUGCGAGAUUGGCUUUUUCCAGGGAGUAAAAUCAUCAUAACCACCAGGAAUGAGCGGUUGCUUGGGGCUAAUGAAUUCUAUAAGGUGCAUAGGGUUAAAAUCCUGAGUGACAAGGAAUCAUUAGAGCUCUUUAGCUGGCAUGCCUUUGGAAACUGUUGUCCCAAAAAUGGUUAUGGAGAGGUCUCCGAAAGGGUGGUAAACUACUGUGGAGGGCUUCCAUUAGCAAUUAAAGUUCUAGGUAGGUCUCUAUCAGGGAAAGGCGUAAAUGUAUGGAAAAGUCAUCUAAAAAAAUUGAAAGCGAUUCCUGAUGGUGAAAUCCUUGGAAAACUCAAAAUAAGCUAUGACUCUUUGCAGGACAACAACGACAAGUAUCUCUUCAUCCAUCUUGCUUGUUUGUUUAUUAAUGGCAUGUUUAAUGUCACGAAAGAUAGUACAAUUAUGAUCUUAGACGGUUGUGGAUUUUACACAAUGGAUGGGAUUCAAAACCUUGUGGAUAGAUGCCUGAUGUUGGUUGAUGGUAACCUACUCAAGAUGCAUCAAUUGCUUCAAGAAAUGGGAAGAGAAAUUGUUCGUCAAGAGUCAUCAAAGGCGCCGCUCGGAGAACGUAGAAUCUUGUGGAAUCAGGACGCAUGUGAUGUAUUGAGAGAAAAAACUGGCACAAACAAAGUCGAAGGUCUUACACUCCAUAUAGGCUUGUUGAAGGAAGAUAAGAAUUGCAAUACGGUCUUUGGUGCCAACAGAAAACGUCGUUAUGGAGAGUUCCUUGAGCAGCCUUUCUUGGCAAAUGUAGGUCGUUCCCUUAAAAAAUAUGGUUUCAACAUCUUCUCCUCUCACCUUGAAGCCACUGGUCCAGAAACUUCAAAUCAAGUAGCUUUUGAAGCUGAUGCAUUUGGAAGGAUGCAUGACCUCAAAUUUCUGCAGCUCUAUGGUGUACAUAUUAGUGGACCCUACAAAAUGCUUCCCAAAGGAUUAAAAUGGUUGUCCUGGCAUGGAUUUCUGCUUAAUUCCAUACCUAAUGAUUUCCCUUUGGAGAACCUAAUCGCUCUAGACAUGUGCCAUACCAGCUUGAAAAAUGUGUGGGAAGGAACCAGGUUUCUUGAGUUUUUAAAAACCCUCAAUCUAUGCCAUUCCCCUGACCUUGCCAGAACUCCAGACUUUUCAGGAACCCCCAAUCUAGAGAGAUUGUUACUUAAUGAUUGUAGAAGUUUGGUUGAUGUUCAUGAAUCCAUUGGAAGUCUCGAGAGACUUUUUUUGUUGGAUUUAAGAGAUUGUAAAAGUCUGAGGAAGCUUCCGAGAAGCAUUGGUAAGCUAAAGCUUUUGAAAUCUCUUAAGCUCUCAGGUUGCCCAAAUAUUGACGAAUUGCCAACAAACAGGGGUAGUAUGGAUUCUCAUUCUCCCUCAGCUAGUGGGGAGGUGAAUGCAAUGCAAUCUUUCAUCCGGCCUUGGCUGUUGAAGCCAAGAAAAAAUCCAGAAAUGUCAUGGACUUCUUUAUCACAGUCCUUGGUGGAAUUAACUCUUGCGGAAUGUAAUCUUUCAGACGAUGAUUUACCGAGAGAUCUUGGCAAACUAUGCUCAUUGGUGUAUAUUAAUCUGGCGCGUACUCAGAUUUCCAGCCUCCCAGAUUUCAUCAGAGGUCUUACCAGGCUCAAUGUCCUUGACAUACAUGGCUGUCCAAGGCUCCGGAAACUUGAAGGGCUCCCACAAGUACACACGUUGAUUCCUGGAAAUAAUCCAUUGUUGGAGGAAGUAACCGUUCAAGUCUUUCACUGUUCAAAAACUGCUUGUCAUCUAUUUUUUCGGUCAAACAGAAAUUCAACUGAUUGUCGUUUGGAUACAUGUGACCAUGUAGAUAAGCCUCUGGGCUUAUUCAAAAUAGAACCCAUAGAAAAUGUUGCAGCUGAGAUUACUAAAAGUUUGGGCUUGUCGAACUUGCAAUCCAUUGGAAAGCAAAAUGUCAAGAUAUCGACAAGGUAUGGCAUGAACCAACGGAAGCUUCCCCUCCAGGGAUGUCAUGAAAGACAUAUAUUCUCCGCUUACCUUCCAGGUAGCAAUGUUCCAGAGUGGUUCAAUUUUAAGAAUCUAGGAGGAUCAUCGGUUGAUUUUACUGUGCCUUCAAAUCCUAAUUCCAAAGUACGAGGCUUGAGUAUCUGUUCUGUGUAUGAGUUGUCAUGUGCUCCGCUAGAUUAUCGUUGGGAAGGAGACCAACACACCAUCGUAAGUAACAAAACAAAGGGUUUGGUUUGGAGCCAUUGUCCAGGGGUUUUUGGGGUUGGAAAAGCUGGAGAGGAUAUGAUGUGGUUAAGUUAUUGGAAGUAUGGGAAACGAUUAUUGGAAGCUGGUGAUGAACUCCGUGUUUCAGUGUUUGGUGGGCCAUGUGUGCAAGUGAAGGAGGUUGGAGUUCGUGUUCUAUACAAUGAAGAACAAGAAGCAGAGUGCAGGGCGAUUCAGGGAAAAGCCCCAUUGGAAGAACUACCAGAAGUCGCCAUGAUUUCGAUGAGUUCCCGAUCAGACAUUAAUGAAGAACAAGAAGCAGAGCUCAGGGCAAUUCGGGGAAAAGCCCCGAUGGAAGAACUACCAAAAGUCACCAGGAUUUCGAUGAGUUCCCAAUCAGACAUUAAUGAAGAACAAGAAGCAGUGCUCAGGGCAAUUCGGGGAAAAGCCCCGAUGGAAGAACUACCAGAAGUCGCCAGGAUUUUGAGGAGUUCCCAAUCAGACAUUAAUGAAGAAAAUGUGUCCCGUCAAACCUAUUAUCAGUUUGGAAAUAUCAUUCCGGAAAGUGUUCCAGCACAUCCGAGAACAAAAUUGUACCAACUCGGUAUGCAUGGUGAUCUAUGUGAGUUUUGCCAAGAAAUGUACCCUCGACCUUGGACCACUGCCAUGUCUUAUAAGGAUUGGGAUACUGAAUGUUGGGCUCCAAGACUGCUGGUGCUGCCUUCAUACUAUGUUUCUGAUUCGCUCAGAGUCGAACUAGAAACGUCACAUUGUCGAGGAAUGUCUUGUUGCAAACCCCGCUAUGGUCUCAUAUGUUAUUAAAGAACGCUGAUUUAGGCCCCGCUAUGUGUGUGUUACUCAUAACGUUGUUGGCAUGCUGUGGUUGACAUACUUUUAAUAGGGAGAUUUUGCAUGUUUAUGUUCGAGAUAUUUGUCAUGGUACUCUUUUUUUUUUAAAAAAGUCGGUACUCUUUACCUGAUAUGUAUGUUAUGUCUUCCAUAGCGUUUCUGGAAUACUAUGUGCCUAGAAAGUGGAAUGAAAGCUAUGUGAUCGACACUAUGUUCUCCCGUGCAUUUGACAAGGAUUCAAACCAAGGUUUUGAAUAUUG